GGACAGUCGGACUGUUUUUCCUGCAACACAGGAAGUGUGGUAAAGGUCGCUACAUCACAUGGAACCUUUAGGCUGCAGAGGACUUUAUUUACUGAGUCCUGCGGGAUAAACUCUGGUUCUACCAGGGGGUGCAGGACACCACAUCAUGCCGCUGUCGGACUUUCUGGACGGCCUGAAGGACAACCCGUACUUUGGGGCUGGGUUCGGACUGGUCGGGAUCGGGACAGCGCUGGCCGUAGCCAGAAAGGGUGCCCAGGUGGGGAUGGUGUUUUUCCGCAGGAACUACAUGAUCACUCUGGAGGUUCCCAGCAGGGACAAGAGCUACCACUGGCUGCUGAGCUGGAUCACCAAGCACGCCACGCACACGCAGCACCUCAGCGUGGAGACUUCCUACUUGGCACACGAGAGUGGAAGGGUCCAUACGCAGUUCGACUUCCACCCGAGUCCAGGGAACCACAUCAUCUGGUAUGGGAGGAAGUGGAUCCGAGUGGAGCGGACCAGGGAGAAGCAGAUGGUGGAUCUUCACACUGGGACUCCAUGGGAGUCCGUCACGUUCACAGCUCUGGGCAGAGACAGACAGAUCUUCUUCAACAUCCUGCAAGAAGCGCGGGAACUGGCCCUGAAGCAAGAAGAAGGACGCACGGUGAUGUACACAGCCAUGGGCGCCGAGUGGAGGCCCUUUGGGUUCCCUCGGCGACGCAGACCCCUCAGCUCUGUGGUCCUGGAGGCCGGUGUGGCAGAGAGGAUCGUGGACGAUGUGAAGGACUUUAUUGGGAACCCCAAGUGGUAUACAGACAGAGGAAUCCCCUACAGAAGAGGAUAUCUGCUGUAUGGUCCACCAGGAUGUGGGAAGAGCAGCUUUAUCACGGCGUUGGCAGGCGAGCUCGGCUACAGCAUCUGUCUCAUGAGUCUGAGCGACAGGACGCUCUCAGAUGACCGUCUGAACCACCUCCUGAGCGUGGCGCCGCAGCAGAGCAUCAUCCUGCUGGAGGAUGUGGACGCUGCGUUUGUGAGCAGGGACCUGCUGCCCACUGAGAACCCGCUGGCUUUUCAGGGAAUGGGAAGACUGACCUUCAGCGGUCUGCUGAACUCACUUGAUGGAGUUGCUUCAUCUGAGGCCAGAAUAGUUUUUAUGACCACCAACUUCAUAGACAGGUUGGACGCGGCGCUAAUCCGACCUGGCCGAGUUGACCUAAAACAGUACAUUGGACACUGCACCGCCUGGCAGCUCUCCCAGAUGUUCCGGCGGUUCUAUCCGGACGAGCCGGCUUCGGAAGGAGAAUGCUUCGCCGAGCGAGCGUUGGCCGCUCAUUCUGAGAUCAGUGCUGCUCAGGUGCAAGGACACUUUCUGCUCCACAAACAGGAUCCUGCAGGAUCGAUAGACAAUGUGGCCCAAAUAAAAUGAUGAUUGACCAGGAUGUGACUCAGACACUGAUUGCAGAAUAAAGAGAAAAA